AUGCUGGACAAAAUUGACACGACAAAGGAGUUGGUCAGUGACUCAGCUGGUGUGACGAGUGCAUUACGCGACGAGCUUUUGAAGGAUGAGAAAUUCCAUCGUUUUGCAAACAUGAUCUUCUUCGUGCACGAAUCUGUUCCGUCUAUAAUGACGCAAUACGUGAGAACUGUUCUCAGAAUGCAUGGUGGUGAGAUUAGCGAUGAAAUGAACGAUUGCGUAACGCACCUAGUUGUUGAAGAUUGCGACAACGUUGGUGAAGAAUUUUCAGCGGCGCAUUCCACCAGAAAAUUGGUGAAUAUCAAAUGGAUCGAAGAAGCGGUUGAGUUAUAG